CUUUUCUACUUUCAUCUCGGGGAGUUUUUUUAGAACGUUUAAAAUAUUCCGUACCCCGGAAGUGAUUGGUUAGUGUUGUGGUAACCUGAAACAAAUCACACCAGUUCUAUAAUGUCGGUAUUACAUUUCUCAGUCAUGCACGGAUUUGUACUACUUCAGUUUUGUAUGUCGACUUGAAUAGGCACGCUUGCACCCGUGUUCGUGUCUGAAUUGUGGCAGUCGUCAUCAUCGCUAUGAUACCUGAUAGUUACGGCGAAAUAUCGUAGCUAACCGAUUGCUGGCUAGCUUAGCUAACGUUAGCUUGUUAUCUGGAUGUAAACAAAGCUAGUUCGUUACCGUUAAUUGAGUUGACAUACAACGUCCAGGUAAUUCUGAACAUAAGAUUGCUAGCUUAACUAAAAUCUUACAAUUUCAGGCAGUCAACCGCAAUUGUGUUGCUAGCGUACUGUAACUAAUUGGGGUUGCAGGCCUCUGUGAGAACAAGUUAACGGUAAAAAGCUAGCUACAGUAGCUAGCUAUCGAACAGCUGUCAAAAUGGAUAGAGCGGAAUCAGAUCGGUUGAUAGAGAAAGCAAAGCUGUGCUUGCGGUCAGGGCGGAGAGAAAGGGCCCUUCAACUGUUGUAUGAAGCCCAGAAAAUAUUUCCCAGCACUCGGGCCAGAGUGCUGAUUGAUGCCAUAGUGAGGAAUGGAAGCUCUGCUGCUCCAGAGGAGCCCCACAUACCCCCACCGCGUGGCUUUCGAUCCAAUGAAGAGGACGGGGAUCGAGAGGAAGCGCGCAAAGGGGCCAACGAGGAGAAGAAGACCUACACAGAGGAUCAGCGUCAGGGUGUUCUCAGGAUAAAGAAAUGCAAGGACUUCUAUGAGAUCCUGGGCGUUCCUAAAGACUCUAGCGAUGAAGAUCUGAAGAAGGCAUACAGGAAGCUGGCACUGAAGUUCCACCCUGACAAGAACUGUGCCCCGGGAGCCACAGAUGCAUUUAAAGCCAUAGGCAAUGCGUAUGCAGUGCUGAGCAAUGCUGAGCAGCGUCAUAAGUAUGACCAGUACGGAGAGCAGGCUCCCUCUGAGAGCACCACCCACUCCUCAGCCCAAGCUCGCCACGGACACUACCGCAACUUCAACAGGAACUUUGAGGCUGACAUCUCCCCUGAAGAGCUUUUCAAUAUCUUCUUUGGAGGAAGAUUUCCCACAGGCAACAUCCAUGUGUACACAAACAGAGGCGCCACCUACUCUAACUUCUACCAGCCUCGUCGGCGACGUGCAUAUGAGAGGCGCGAUGAGGAAGUGGAGGAGAACCGCAGUCCGAACACCUUCACUGCCUUCCUGCAGCUUCUUCCUGUGCUGGUGCUGAUCCUCAUAUCUGUUGUGACCCAACUGAUGGCCACCAACCCUCCCUACAGUCUCUUCUACAAACCGGCCAUGGGUCUGGUGGUCUCCCGGGAGACCCAGAAUAUGGGUGUGCCCUACUACGUGGACAAGGGCUUCCAGAAGGAGUACAGUGGGGAGUCCCUGGAGGAGCUGGAGAAAACCAUAGAGAGUGACUACAUUGAACACCUGCAGAGCAGCUGCUGGAAGGAGAAACAGCAGAAGUCGGACUUGGCGAACCUUGCCCAACUGUACCGUGAUGACAGGCUGAAGGCGAAGGCUGAGUCUCUAAAGCUGGACAACUGUGACAAGCUGUACCGUUUUGUGGGCCGACAGAGAGGAGAAUGAGGGGCUUAAGACAGGAGGAGAGGGAGGCAUCUCUUUGCAGCUGGGAAUUUGACACUACUCGUUUUAAAAUUUUAAUUUUAUUUAUUUAUUCAAAAUCGGGUCACUUUUUUUUUUUUGAAGAAGAAGAAUUGUCUCUUCUCUCUGGUUAGAGCACCGUGGCAGCCAAAGCCAUUUUGAAUUGAAACAUUGUGCCUUCUCUCCUCUCGGAUGGAAGAAAGUGGAGGAGCAUGUACUGUAAGCUGCCAAGCCUGGCUCUUUGUAGAUAACAUGAAGCCCUGCCUGGCUGGCUCUGGGAUUGUUGUAUUGAUGUACAGGAGCCUUGUUUCUACUUCCUUACAUUAAGGAAUAUGGGCUUGCUUACAAGGUUUGAGAAUAUGGUUCUGUUCAUACGUACACUUUCUGUUAGUCACCUGUUUGAAGCAUGUUUAGUACUGGUGGGUUACUCAUUUUUAUCUGGAUUUCUGUGGCGUGGGUUACAUUUGAGUAUAUUGAGUAGGUAUUGGGAAAGAGCAUAGCUAGAGCCGUGACUUAGUUUUGAACUGGGAAGAACGUUUUAAUUGCGAAGGCAGGCAAGGUUCAGAUACAGAGGCAAACGAUGUGAGAGAUUCUAUUUGAAAAGACCGCUCUAUAGGGUCUUAAACUGUGAAGGAGAAAUGUGUAGAUUUGUCACGCCUGCUCGUUAGAGAAACAAAGCAAGGCAAGAGCUAUACAUCUCUAGCGUAUUAGAUCCACGUACAAUUUAACUGCGGAUCUCUGUUUUAUGCGAAGACCGAUGCGUUGAUCCCUUUUUUUUUUUCUCCUUUUCAUUUGCCGUGCAUUAAGACUUUGCCAGACAGCGUUGCUGUUAGUUGUAUUUAUUGUCCGUUAUUUGGUAAUUUCCUUCUCGAGCACAUUUUUGAUGCUGUUUAAUUCUGAGCCCGAUGUCCCUAUUCCCUGAUGCAUGCAUAGUUGAUCCAGGUUUUUGUGUUACACAUCAGGUGCUCAGUCGGCCGCUACACCGCAACUCUCUGUGAAGGACUAUUAUUAAGAGCAAUCCACACAUCCUGCCCAUUUCAUGUAAUCGACUAACUUUACUAAAGAGCUUUUAAACAUGCUUUAGUUUGGGUUUCUCCAAAAGGAACAGUUGUUUCAGUAAUAGUUUCAAUCUUCUAAUGCUUGACCUUUCAUUUUAGUCAGAUCAUAAAUCCAGCAGACGGAGGGUUAACGGCCAAACUAGUGGCAGACCGACAGGAUGGGGCUGGGGGGGGCGUUAAACGGAUUACAGAUUAGACCUGAUGUUAACUGGAAACCUAGUGGUCCCUUGGCUAAACUCUGGUGUCCCGUUGAUUUGUGCUGCCAGAGCAGGUUUUCAAGCUGGUUGAAUAAAAUCUUAAAACAAUC